AUGAUGUUUUAUCCUCGUUACAGUGAGGAGCUGGUGCGCAAUAUCGAGGCGCUGGAGGAGAAUGGAGUGGAGGAGAUGAGGGCGAUGGUCAACCUGGGGGGAGAGGUGUUCGUGCAGGCAGACGUGCCGGACACGUCACACAUAUUCGUGGCAGUGGGGCUGGGCUUCCACGUGGAGUUCACCCGCCUUGAAGCCAAGGAGUUUGCCGCCUCCAAGAUCGGGCACUUGAGAAACCCCCAAACCCCAUUGCUUAUAGUGGAAAGAACUAGUAACCCCCUGCCAUCCCCCUCCCCACUUACUCAGUUCCCCUCCCCACUUACUCAGUUCCCCUCCCCACUUACUCAGUUCCCCUCCCCACUUACUCAGUUCCCCUCCCCAUACCCGUUCCUCCCUUGA